CAAAAAAAAUAAAAUAAACAUUCUAAUUUUGGACUACAUGUAGUUAUUAUGUAUUUCUGUUCGCAAUGUGCUUGUGAAUAUAACUUUAUGGAAUUACAGACAACGGCCAGUAUUCUGAACUCGGGUUUAAAUUAAACCAUGGUUUAAAGUUGUGGUUUAACUAUGGAGAGCCAAUUAGAGCACAAAUCCCUUACAAUACACAUUCAAUUUAUUAACUCAUUUUACAUCCAAAUUGUUAAUAAUUGUCUUGGAAUGGUAUUAAACUGUAGUAUUUUUCUUUGUUAUGAAAGCAAAAUGAAACAAAAUAGUAAACAUAAGAAAUAUACAAUAUAAACAGAAUUUUUUAAUUCGUGGCUCCCCAUAAAUUUUAGCACAGAGUUAGACUGGUCUAUCUUAAACCUGACUUCAGAAUAGGACUACUUCAGAAUACGGGCCUAUGUGCAUAUAUGGAGCCCUUUAUAUCCCCACCCCUCCAAAUGUUACUGCUGAGACUAGAUCUUUUUUUUUUCAGAUCCUAUUUCUAUUGAGUAGUGUAAUAUGCUUUUAUCGUUUUUUUCUUCCUCAUUUAGUCAAAUGAAAUUUUUCGUAGCCUUUGGCUAGAUAGAAAUUGAUGAUGAUGAAAAUCCAUAAUUUUUUUUUAAUUGUUCGAAAGAGACAUGAAAUGAAAUACUCCGAAAAUUUGCUUUGCCCAAUUGAUCGUGGGCCCAGCAGCCGCUGUGCAGCGCCAGAUCGACGAGGCUCUAUCCCUUAAAUCGUUUAACGCCAAACAGGGUAGCAGGGUUUGAACCCCUGACCUCCCUGUUGUGAGACGGAUGCUACCAACUGAGCCAACGCACCGGAUCAAGAUACAUAUGUAGAAAAAAAAAAUUAUAUCUGUUUCUUUUGUUACAUACAUUAAAGCUUUGAAUUAUCAUUUGUAUUUUUUUUUAAUGUGUUUUGUUACAGGGUGAUCCAGUACACCAAAAGCAUAUUGUUGUCACAUUCCACGACAUCGGACUAAAUCAUACAUCAUGGGUCAAGUUUAUCAGCACAAAAGCAAUGGCCCCGAUGGUCGGUAAAGUGUGUUUCAUCCAUAUCAAUGCACCCGGCCAACAGGACAAUGCCGAUAGGCUCCCUGACGCGUACAGGUAUCCAAAGAUGCAAGAGCUGGCCGAUGAGAUUCCGGGAAUCCUCAAAGAAUUAGGAGUUCCAGAGAAUCGUGAGUUGAUUGGACUAGGUGAAGGAGCUGGUGCAAACGUUCUACUCAGGUUGGCCAUGAAAUAUCCAAAGCGUAUACUAGCCUUAUGUCUGCUGGAGUGCACCACCACAACAGCUGGCUUUUCAGAGUGGGGAAGCGAGAAGGUAGCAUCAUGGCAGUUGAAACAUGGUCAUAAGAUGACAGCCAAUGCUGAGAAGUAUAUCCUCUGGCAUCAUCUUGGUAGACGAACACACUCACCGGAGUAUGUAGACAUUGUGAAGCAGUACCAUGAAAACCUCUACAAAAUGAUGAAUGCCCAUAAUCUUGGACUCUUCAUUGACUCCUUCUGCAAUCGAACAGAUAUCAACCAUCAUCUAAAGGAUUUCAGCCUGCCCCUCCUUCUAGUGACUGGAAAGAAAUCCCCUCAUGCUCAUGAAGUGGAAAAAAUCUAUGAGAGCCUUCCAUCGAAGAAGAACUCCAGUUUCUUGAUUCCCAAUGAUGUCGGAGGCGAUAUCAAGGAGGAAAAUCCUGACCGCCUGGCGGAAUCUCUUCAGUUGUUCUUACAAGGCGUAGGCAUCAUGUCCUCAAUUCCUCUAUCAAGACUUGGUCGGAGUGCCUCUCUGGGGCAAACAUCCAAAGUGCCACGAAGACAAACGAGCUUUGACCAUGGCAUUUAGAGAAAUUCGGCAGCGUUGGUAUUCCAGGUCUUCACCAGAUGUCUGUAAAGCCGCGCUCUGGGAGUAUGACCGACUACGACAAAGCCAACCCUUCCAACAAAUAAGAUGCAUCUCCGCUAGCUGCUGCUGCUGCCCGCACUCUUCCGACACCCCUCCCACAUACCUCUCGCCAGCACCAAUCGACCAAUCAUUAGCCCUUCGGGCUCAAGAAUCAAACCUUAAAGCCCUUGCACCCAUCGUCACCUUUGAUUUUGUUUCUUACUCAACUUUUAUGUAAAGCACAAAGUUCUAAUAUCAAUGCAAAUGUUUAUGAAAGGCAGAGACUGCAAGGGCAAUUUUGAGGGAAUCUUUUGCCAUUUUAUAUUUUGUAAAAAUGUUUUUGGGGUUUGUGUUCAUUCUUUCAAGUUUUGUGAUGUAAGUGAAAGAUGAUUAUGAACACGUUCUGGUUGUAUUGGGGUUUUAUAAUGUAAGACUAUCUUGGGUUGGCAUCGCAGAUUUAAAGGAGCAGAGGAAAGGGUUUAUGUUUUGAGAACAAUUUUAAUUGUAUUCAGUCAGGUUGAAAUCAGUAGAGUUAUUGCAUGUUUAUGUCCCUUAUGGACCAACUUUAGAUAAGAAUUUGAAAAAAAAGGAAGAGAUUUAUAUAAAGAUAUAUAGAUUUAUAUAUCUAAUGUUCACUUGUUUUGCCCUGUUAAUUGUCACUGUUAAAUGUAACAUUGAUCUAACUUGCCUUUUCACAAUCCUGUCAUUUUUUGAAACAUUUUAAACUUGAUGUUAUGUAGAUCUCUCCUUUUCUGAUUUAGUGAUUUCCCAAUAUGCACAGAAAAUUGAUUUCAUGAUGUAUAACCAAUGACAUGAAUUAGUGUAUGGUUCUAUAAUUCAUCAAGUUAUAAGUAAUUGUAUUAAAAAGUUACUUUUUACAGUAUUGGGUUUGAUGAUUUUUUUUUUAAAAUAUGAAAGAUAUAAUAACUAACCCAUUGGUCUGUAGAAAACUUUUCUUUUAUUGUCUUAAAGGAAAUAAAAAUUGAAUAUAUCAAUACAUUAAAAUGAGCUUGUACAAUGUCUUCUAAAAACUUGAUUGCAUUUGUUUACCUGUUGAGUCAAAAUUAAUUUGAACCGAACCCUCAUAGCUUUUCACUGAUUCAUAAAUACAACUUGCGCUUAAUAUUCAAUAGCGACAUGGUAUUUUCAUGGUAUUGUGCAACCAAAAUAACCAGUUUCAAUACCAAUUUUGCAGUAUGGCUGACCACAUUGCUAUCGAAGAUUUAAAAGAAUCUGACCUGAAUACGUACUUGAAAUUAUAUAGAUUACAAAAUCCUACAUCUGAAAUCAAGAAAAGUUAAACUUUAUACAAUAAAGUUAAAAGUAAAUAUUCAUUAUAUUCAUGUAUUAUUAUUAUUGAAAUAUUAUUUUUUACAUUUAUCUAUAAUCUUGUCACAACUCUCUCCUUCAAGUGUAAUAGAAUUACCCUUAAUCUGAAAUAGGAUCAAAUCAAUUUAUUUUCUCUGUUUUUGUGUGUUUUUGUUUACCAAGUUUAUAGCUAUUUACAUUGUCAAUCCCCAUCUUAAAAGAUGAUCCAAGUGACUUUAAAUAAAUGUCUGUACGGUGUUAAUCUAUGUAAUAGAGUACCUUUGCACUUCUCUUUUAGCUUGAAAAGUAAUUUGAAUUUGUGCAUAAUUGAUAAUUCUCUAGAGUUACAUGUAGUAUACCCACAUUGCAUGAUAUUCUACUAUGCCUCUCUAAAAUGGCACGUUAUUGUUUCUUGUGAAAUUGGACUGCAUGAAUUAAAAGCUUGGACAAAUUGCCUUGGAAAGAAAUAUUUGUCUGAUUUUUCUUUUCAAAUUUAUUUUUUCUUCAAAGGGAAUUAUAAAAUCUCCAUUGUUUUUAUCUACUGUUUUUCUUUUCCAAGAUUGAAUUUUAAUGAUUGUAUUUUCCAUAGUGAUGUGUUGUAAAUGAUGGUUAGAUGAAUAAAUGAUUUCUGGAAGGACAGUUAUCAAGCAAAACUAGAAGUUUGUUUGGAAGCAGUUUGUAUGAUAAAAUAAUUUUCCUUUAUUUGUUGUGAGCUGGAAAUUUGAUUCAAUCAUUUUUUUCCCCUUUUUUUUUUCUCUCCUUUGUCUUAAAAUAAUUCAGAAAUUGGGUUUCUAGCCUCUUGUCAAAUACAAUAAUACCUUGUAUACAUUUUUACAUUAGAUAUGAAUUUAUAGACAAUUAACCAAAGCUUUUAUGCUUUAUCUGCAUUAAUUAGAGAUGCAAAAAUAAAUUGUGUGGUAUGCAACUAAAUAGAAUUUUAAGAUAUGUUGUAACGAGUUAUACACGUGCCACAUUAUGUUUGCACAAGGUUAUUGUGUGUAUGCAUCUGUGUGCAAAAUGCAGUGAUGAAAUGUCUCAAAAGAGUUUAAUUUUCAAUUGUACUUAACAGAAAUGAAUACAAACUGGAGUUUACAAUGUCCGGAUGAAUUUGUUAUGUGUAUGUUAUCAAACUAAAAUAAGAUGUGAAUCUUUAGAAACCUGGUAUGAAGAAACCGAUUUGUAUGUUCAUUUUAUUCUGUUGAGUUGGGAAUUAUUACAGACUAUUUUCAUCAUUCCAAA